GGUAGUCCGGUAGAUAUCGUCAUCAAAGGAGCCGACGUAACGGCUGCGUCGGCAACGUUUGUGCACUUGGUGCGGCGUUCCACCGGUGCCUGCGUUUCGGUUCGGUUCGCCUCGUCUCGUCUCGCCUUGCCUUGCCCUGCCCUGCCACGCCUGUCUCUAUCGCUUUCACUCUCUCGGCUUAUCACGAAGCAGCGUGCUUCUCUCGCCGACGUGGGUGAACACACGCCAAUAUUGUCGCGUGUGCCGCCGCGUGGAUGAAAAUGCCGCGCAAGAGAGCACCCACGCUACACGAGACUUCCGCUGGACGCAGAAACGCCACUAAAAAUCCAAGGUGAUCUUUGUGUUCUUAUCGUGUACAAAACAGAUUCGUUUUCGUACUCUGUUCAAAUAUCGAAAGCUUCACGCAAGAAAUGGAAGAAUCUCAAAGGUAUGAGGAAUCUGAUAUAUACAAGGAAAAACCACCUUGCAGUUUACGAAAAUUGGGAGACAUGGUUCCAGCACGUGUCGUGCUGUACAUACUUUCGUUCUCCGGAUUCCUCGUGUCUUUCAUGAUGAGAACAGACAUUAACAUCGCCAUGGUGGCCAUGGCGAAGCUGCCGUCGAACAAUGAAACCGCCGCGGUAACAUCUCACUGUUACACAAUACCGAAUGCGUCACACGCGGAGAACACUACUGUAAUCAGGCCGGAGGACGCCGGCGAGUUCGAGUGGAGUCCAGCUAUUCAAUCGGCCAUUCUCAGUUCCUUCUAUUGGUGUUAUAUACUUUCGCAAAUGCUCGGCGGUGUUCUUACUCAGUACUUCGGCACUAAAACAAUAUUCGGCGGAUCUCAAGCCGUCACUGCCGUUUGCAGUCUGCUUAUGCCGACUGCUGCAGAGCUUCAUUACGGGGCCAUGAUAACAUUGCGCAGUAUACAGGGCAUUGCAAGUGGACUCACGUGGCCCGCGAUGUACGCCGUAAUCGGACAUUGGAUUCCACCGGUGGAACGCUCACGUUUCAUGUCUUCCUUUCAAGGGUUCAGCAUCGGCAUCGGAUUGACCUAUCCGUUGUGCGCGUUCAUCAUCGCCCACUUUGGCUGGAGGGCUGUAUUCUACACGACUGGCAUUGUCGGUCUCGUCUGGUGCAUCUUUUGGUAUAUUUGCGCCUUCGACACUCCCGCCUCGCAUCCCCGAAUAUCUAAGCCGGAGCUCCGUUACAUUCAGGAAUGUGUUAGGAACCAGGUUAACGGAGCGAACGAGGAUCUGCCCGUUCCUUGGAAAUCUAUACUCACGUCCUGGCCAGCAUGGGCUAUCGGUAUUACAACCUUCGGAAGAAUAUGGGUACACUAUGUCUUUAUCAUUCCCGGCCCGAUGUACAUGAAGACAGUGUUAGGCUUCAGUAUACAAGCAAACGGUAUCCUGUCGGGUGCACCAUUUAUCUGUAGCUACUUAAGCUCCGUUUUGUUCUGCUACAUUGCGGAUCUCCUAGUCACGCGGCAAAUCAUGACUUUAAUCACUGUGCGCAAGAUAUUUACGGCACUGUCUCAAGUCGUUCCCGGAAUACUUGUGAUUUUAAUUGGAUACUUAGGCUGCGAUAUUAUCCUAGUUUUAAUCGUAUGGUUCAUAGCUGUGACUCUCAUAACAGCCGGCUACGCAGGCGCAAUGGCCAACAUCGUUGACAUCGCACCUAAUUUCGCUGGACCGGUGCUAGCGUUCGCGCAGACGAUUCACAUGACCGCUAGUUUCCUAUCUCCUAUAGCAGCUGGUCUGCUCACGCAAGAAAGCCAAUCUCUCGAGUCGUGGAGAAGAGUAUUCGCACUUACUGCGGGUGUAUCCUGCAGCACGUAUAUUGCCUAUCAGAUAUUCGGUACGGCGGACAUACAAGCAUGGAACUAUCCGGAUAAAAAAUAUCCUCAAUCAAAUGUUCGAGAAGACUCCUGCCCGUUAAAUGACUCGUCGCGGAAAGAGAUAAAGAUUGUGCCGAGCCGAAAAAGUCCGUCAGAGCAAACGUAAUGUAUCUGUAUUUUUCGGUUUCUUAUUUUCCUGCUAUCGUCAUUCCCUACGUUAAAAACUUAGGUCUUUUAACGCGCAAGACAUAGUCGAAUGUAUGUGCGGAUUUAUGAAGAAUAUCUAUUUUCAAUACUGUUCCAUUAUUGUAAAUAGAUCUGAUUGUUGAUGGGAGAAAUUAUAUAGUCGUCGAGAUAUUAUGUAUCAUAGCAAAGAAGAAUAUUUUUAUGAAAUAAUUGCCUCAGGUGACAAAAUGUUUCAAUCAGUUUUUCAUACAGAUUGUACGCAGUAUUGCAGAUAUUGUAUAACAUGAAUUGUGCACAAAUGUUUGAAAUAAUUGAUAAUAAAUAGAAUGCGUUUGUGAGAUAUCACGCAAUCUCCUAGAUGAUAAUUCGAGAUGCGCUGUUCUCGAUAACUAGCAACAUUUCCAAGUACUAGGACCACGCGCAAUUUUUUUGCGUAAUAUCACUCGAACAUAAAUAAGACUCUUUUUAAUUUAUUAUUAGACAUCUCACGAAAAUAAUUUUUGAUGAUAAAAAAUGAAUGUGAAAUCUCACGAACUUCUGCAUUCUAACGACAAAUAAUGAAACGAUAUUCCUCACAAUUUUGCUCGUUUAUAUUAAUUUUUAUUCCGAAGUUAAUGCAUAGCAAAUUAUUUGUAAGAUAAUUUACGAACGAUUACUUAAAAAUGAUUCAUAAGACGUGGAUUUUGUAAAAGUAUCAAAUACUUAUUUUUCCACAGUUAUAUGCGCAUGUGUUCCAGACAAUGACAAUUUUAUAUUCACAAUAGUUUAAAUAUACAUAUAUACAAGCGUACGUAUACGUAUACAUAUACGCUGGUAUGUGUAUAAUUAAACAUGCGAGAAUAAUAGGAUACUUAUCAGGUUUAAAGAGAUACUUAAAAUGUACACCUAAACAUAGCUUUUGUUUACACAGAUUUCGAAAUAGAAUAUAAUUUUAAUUAUCAUGUUUUAGAGUGAAUUAGGUAAAAUUAUAGAACUGGAGUAUUUUUAUCGCUAUCUACUUUUUACAAUCAGUGCCUUGUGGUGCAUAUAGAUUCUCAAGUUGAUAAUAAAAUGAUAAUAGAGCUCUCUUAUGAUACGUCUAUAGUACCUAAUUUAUUAGGAAUUAAUGUAAAUUUACACGCAACACCAGACAAGAUGUUCUCUUACCGUAAAUUGCCAUAACAUCGUUAACAAUGAGUACGAGAAGAUAUUACGUAGCGUCAUAAAAAUCGAAUUACGCGAAUAAAUUUCCAAGAGCCUAAUUCCGUAUUUAUAUCAAAUAUUAAUAAAUAUAUUUAUUUUGUAAACGUUACAAGAAAUUUAUUAUGUUGCCAAUUAUUUGAUUUCUCUAUAAAUGUUUAUAUUUAUGAAUAAAUAUAAUAAUACUUUAUUGAUUCUUCUAGCAACGUGUUCCUAGUAAAGAACGCGAGAACAUCGUUGAAAUAAUUUUCCUUUAAAUUAAUCCCAUUUGUUUUUUUAAUUUUAUCUUGUAAAUGAAAUGUUUUACAUGUGUCGGUAAGGAAAAUUUAUUAGUAUGUAAGUAUUUUUGUAAAUAGUUAAGAUUUAUGCAAUAUGGUUGUGUGUUUAAGUAAUAAUUUGACACGUACAUGAUAUGAUAUUUUAAUCAUAUGUAAGUACUCAAAUUUAACUUUUUACACAUAGAAGAUUGUACCUAUUUUUAUUAAUGUUUACGAUAUAUAAUGCAAUCAUUUUAAAAACUUAUUUUUUACGUUACUUUACGCGUAUUUCUUUUAACAUAAAGUUUGUCAAAUAAAUAUCUACUAUUUUAAGAAAAACUCUAGAGAAGAAAUGAUAAAUAAAUAAUCUUAGUAGAGAAUAAAAAAAGACUUUAUACUUCUACUGUCUUUAAAAGUUAAUUUCUUAUUUCACAUGGCAUACAUGUACUCGUAUAUUCCUAUAAAUGUAAUAUAUCCUUUUAUAUCAAAUAUAUUUUUAAAAAUCAUGUUUACAGAAGUAGUUUUAGUUAGCGUGUAAUAAAACAACGCCAAUAAAAAACCACAUACGUUAAUUUUUUGUUCCCAUUGAUCCAUCAUUAUUAGUAGCGUGUAAAAUUCAUGAAAUUUUUUUGUAAAACCGAGGACCAGGAGAAACAUAAUAGAAUAGCAAUAGUAUACUGUACGCAGUUCGUCUACUAUAUAUUAGUAGUAUAGAACUGUAUUAUGCGAUGAAAUAUGUUAAUACCGGAAAAAUAUGACAGAUAUUAAAUAAUGUAGAUACGCGAUUUAAUUCAAAAUAUAUGAGCAUAUAGUUUUA